AACAACAAAGAAUUGCUGAUAUCUUUGUAAAGAAGGGACCAUAUCUAAAAAUGUAUUCCACAUACAUCAAAGAAUUUGAUAAGAAUAUAGCUUUGCUGGAUGAGCAGUGCAAGAAAAACCCAGGUUUUGCUGCCGUCGUUAGGGAAUUUGAGAUGAGCCCACGCUGUGCUAACCUGGCCCUAAAACACUACCUCCUCAAGCCGGUUCAGAGGAUCCCCCAGUACAGGCUGCUGCUGACAGAUUAUUUGAAGAAUCUCAUAGAAGAUGAUGGAGAUUACAGAGACACUCAAGAUGCCCUUGCUGUUGUUAUAGAGGUAGCCAACCAUGCUAAUGACACCAUGAAGCAAGGAGACAACUUUCAGAAACUCAUGCAAAUUCAGUACAGCUUAAAUGGACACCAUGAAAUAGUACAGCCUGGACGGGUUUUUCUCAAAGAAGGAACUCUGAUGAAGCUAUCUCGGAAAGUCAUGCAGCCCCGAAUGUUCUUCCUGUUUAAUGACGCCCUGCUGUAUACAACACCAGUGCAGUCUGGGAUGUAUAAACUGAACAACAUGCUAUCAUUAGCUGGAAUGAAGGUCAGAAAACCCACCCAAGAAGCAUAUCAGAAUGAAUUAAAGAUUGAAAGUGUAGAACGUUCCUUCAUUCUCUCAGCCAGUUCUGCCACAGAAAGGGAUGAAUGGCUCGAAGCCAUUUCCAGGUCAAUAGAAGAGCAUGCCAAGAAAAGAAUCACCUUCUGUCCUAGUAGGAGUCUGGAUGAGGCAGACUCAGAAAAUAAAGAGGAAGUUAGUCCCCUUGGAUCAAAGGCUCCCAUCUGGAUUCCUGAUACCAGAGCCACAAUGUGUAUGAUCUGCACAAGUGAAUUUACAUUGACCUGGAGACGACACCACUGCCGGGCCUGCGGAAAGAUUGUGUGCCAAGCUUGUUCAUCAAAUAAGCAUGGCUUAGAUUACCUGAAAAACCAACCAGCAAGAGUAUGUGAACAUUGUUUCCAAGAACUGCAGAAAUUAGAUGACCAGCACUCUCCUAAGAUUGGAUCUCCUGGAAAUCACAAAUCUCCUUCAAGUGCCUUAUCAUCAGUCUUACAUAGUAUUCCAUCAGGGAGGAAACAAAAGAAAAUCCCAGCUGCUCUUAAAGAAGUAUCAGCAAACACAGAAGAUUCUUCUAUGAGUGGCUACUUGUACAGAUCAAAGGGCAAUAAAAAACCUUGGAAACACUUGUGGUUUGUCAUAAAAAAUAAAGUAUUAUAUACAUAUGCUGCAAGUGAGGAUGUGGCAGCUUUGGAGAGUCAACCUUUAUUAGGAUUCACUGUUACUCAAGUCAAAGAUGAGAAUUCAGAAUCUAAAGUAUUUCAGUUACUGCACAAAAACAUGCUAUUUUAUGUAUUCAAAGCAGAUGAUGCUCACUCAGCUCAGAAGUGGAUGGAAGCAUUUCAGGAAGGCACAAUAUUGUAGCAGUACUGGUUUCUUCUCUUCUGUGAUUCUAAGGAGGUGGGAUUUCAUCAGAAUGGAGUAAAUGCAAUUCAAAAAAUUUUAUAAAAAUUAACACUGCCACGAUAAAUCCAACCAAACUCUUCAUCAGAUAUAAGAAAUUAUUUUGUUAGGUAUAAGAACUUUUUUAAAAUGUUUUUUUCAAUGUAUGUUAUUUAUUAAAAUUUUGAUGUUUACUUAAUGGUCAGAAUUAUUUCUGAGACUCACACUGAAUUCUAAAGUACCGUUUCUUUAGAGACCAGACAACUUAUCUUAAUACUGUAUACUGAAUUAACUGUUUAUGACACAGUCUACACUGUUUCUCUACCUUACAUUGUAAUAUUCUCACUAGUGAUAAAUCUUUUUAAGUAAAAAACACAUAUCAAGGAGCAAAUUUCUAUGUGGUGCUUGGUUUUGAAAUUAUGAUUAUUAUAAAACUGCUGAUAAAAAAACGCAUGUCUUUGAGUCAGUAAAUUUAGAUGAAUUUUUGUCUCUUUAAUGGAAAAACAUAUGGCCAGCUUCUACCUCAGUAACUGUGAAAUGAAAUUCUAGCAAAUAAUCUUAAGGAUUUCUACUGUUAUUUACCUCUUUUGGCAUGAGUUUAUAUUCCAUCAAAGAAUUAUAAGCAAAAAUCUGAAUUUUUGUUAACUGUGAGUAGGAAUGAGGGUAUUUUCAUUUGCAGAGGGACAGACACAAAUAAUCAACUAUAGGCUUUUCAAUAAGUCUAAGCUUUUUUUUACAGCUAUAAUUCAACAAAAACAUUUUUUAAAAAAAUUUUUAACAGCAAAAUAUGACAAGCAUUGUAUUAUGAAAUAUCCCCUGCUACUGUAAAAGUUCUGAGCCCAAGUCAGUGGUGGUAUUUGUAUCUAAAAUGAAUGUUACAUUUCCUAUAAUAUUGUGUUUUUUAAAAUGAACUGGAAUUACCAUAUCAGAAAAGCACAAAUUCUAAGCUGUAUUAGAAAUUGUGUAGUGUUCAUUUUCUAAAGGUCUUUAACAUUUUGGGAUAUGUCCUCCCUGGUAAUUAAAAAAAAAAACAAAACUUUUUUAAACCACUGUCAAUGCACUUCAUUAGGAAAGAUUUAUAAUCAUAAUUCUGGUGCAGUUAUUGUUUAACAUAUGAACUACUACCUUGUACAUAGAAUUGUUGAUUAGCUGAAGAAAAAUGAAAUUAACACUGUGAUUAAAGUCAUUCCUGGUGUUCAUAACAUACAUUUUACUGACAUGAGUUUCAACUAUAAAUUAUCUUAAAAAGGUAUGGUUAUCCAUAGAAUAUUUCAUUAAAGUGUACAAGAAUUUUCCUUUCUGCUUCUUUAUAAAGGGUUUCCUAAUUCAGUAGCCCAAGAGAGUUACUGAGUGCCUUAGCGAAGCCUUUUGAAUGCUCUUUGCUGCAGCACCAGAUUUCCUACUAGAUCUAGAGUUGGCUGCUAUAGUUAUUUCUGGCUAUUUCUUGCUAUGGAAUAAUUUCAAACUGUUGCAGCCUCACAUGCAAUCCUCCUAUGCUGGCUCCCAAAUCUUUCUUCACCACAGGUAAACUAAUAUUUCUUUGCAGCUUGCUUUAUUUUAAUCAAGAUUGCAUAAAUAAGGUUUCCAUGUUAAAAUCUCUGCAGUUUUUAGCAUAUCCUUUUUGGAGGCCAAGGUUAUGCCUUAGAAAAUGUUUCCUUCUGCUGCAGUAAAUCUGGCAUUUAACAAGACAUCAAGUUAUUUGGGGUUCUUCCCCCUCAUCUUGAACUCUAAGCUUUCUGACUACAAGGUUUGGCCUAGGCCCCAGAAUUGAAAAAAAUAACAGCCAGGCUAUUCUAUCUUGCAACAUCUGGCUGAAUCAAGAACCAGUUCUAAAUCUAAAGAGAGAGAGAAAAGAAACCUGGCACAAACUUAGUUACUCCCCUUAAUUACAUGUGAAACUCAUGUAUGAUUGUAUUAGCUAUUGGCUUAACCUCAUGGAAGGCUUUGGGAAGUAUAUAAUAUAGCCUUUUGAAGAAAAUAUCAAAUUAUCCUUCUCAGAUAAAGAUGUUUUAAAUAUGGAAUAGUAUUACAUUCCUUAAACCACUUAUUAGUCCUUCAUAAGUAAAGCUGAUCAAAUGUUACUUAUUUAAUCUGGCUCAUUCAAUGUCAACUGAGAACCUAAUUAUAUAUGAUUUGUUGUAAAACUACUUUAAAAAUAUCUGAUAGCUACCAUUUUAGAGGGAAAAAAAUGAUAUUCGACGCAGUCUAUAAGUGGGGAGAAAGUAUAAACAGUAUGUAGAUCCCAGGAAUACUAUAUUUAUUACAUGUAUACAUGUGCUUCUGUCAAACCCUUUUUCAGGUGUCUCCUUUUAUUCAUGAAGAGGAGAGAGAAGCAGUUAUAAGGCUAAGCUAAAAAGGGUGCAGAAAGUCACCUAGACGAGAGAUCCCAGUCUGAACUAGGGGAGGGCUGGUUUUCUUAGCCAGUGUCCCCCAUCCAGUGCUCUUCCUUUAUCUGUGGCAGCUGUAAAUUUAGAGGACCCACCAGAGUCCUAAGAAAAUGAGAAAGGUCAUCUUUGGCCUCAUCCCACGUUUCUGAACCUCUUUCCAACUUCUUUUCCUCUGUUCUCUGAUGUACUCAGCACCUUCCUCCUAUUGUCCUUUAUCUUCCAAAGAUACUUAAUUCUCUCUUCUUUAACCAAAAGCUUGAUUCUUUGAGUAGUUACUAGCAUUUCUUUAAAUGAGAUCAUCAGACCAACCCUUGAUUCAUGCAAAGCUGUGUGAAACAACUACGUGAGGAUGAAAUUUUACAGAUAGAUGCUCCUUGACUUAUGAUUGGGUUACGUCAUGAUAAACCCAUCUUAAGUUGAAAAUAUCAACUUUCAACUUCAUAUUUUCAGUGUAGGAUGUGUUUAUCAGGAUGUAACCCCAUCAUAAGUCGAGCCUACUGAAUGCAUAUUGCUUUUGUACCAUCGUGUAAAGACACCAUUGUAAAGUCAAAAACUCCUAAGUUGAACCAUCAUUAGCUGAAACCAUCUGUAUAGUUUUGUUAACCAAAUGUAUAUUUUAUAUUUAGUUGGUAGAAUAUAUCUAGAAAUAGGGACAGCCUCCUAUUUGGUAGCUUGGUACAUUUUAUCACAGCAUAUUUUGAUAUAUCUUGGAGUGUGCUUCCAUUAUACUCAGUUUUUGAAAAGUUGGAGAUCCAUUGUGAUCAAAUGUAGUCACUAGGAUUUCCAAAGAGGUAAAUCCUGUUUCUUUUAUUGUACUGUACACUCCUUGAAGGCAGAUACUGUAUUAUAUCAGUUUCUCCCAUGGUACGUGGGUCUUUUAAGAGAAAAUAUUUGUUCAAUUGAAUAGAAGGUGAGAACAGGCAUCUUGUUAUCUACACCUCAAACACAGCCCCAAAAUGCCUUCAUUAUAACUCAGAUCUUAGACCUACUCUUUCCACUAUCCUGCUAGGGCACAUUUGGAACUACCUGUUGGAUAUACAUGAGUCCUCAAACAUUUUAAACUUUACGUGACUAAAACUCAACUCGCUUUUUCCCCCUUCAAAUCUAUUUAUUCUCUUCUGUAAUAGAAAGACACCAUUCCAAGUCUCCAGAAUCAGCCUCCCAGUCCCAACAACUCUCUGCAAUUUCUCUUGUAUCCUUCCAUCCUCCCCCUGCUGGUGUUACUGCAUAGCCCUGGCUCAGGAACGUCUUACCUCUUCCUAAUGACUGCAAUAACUUUUCUUCUAAUUUCAUUGCCUUCAUUGUGAAGUUUCAUUUCAAACAUUGCCAGAGCAAUCUUCCUAAAGCAUAGUUCCAAUUUAAUUUCAUCUCUGCUCUUACAACCUUCAGUGGCUUUUCCAAUGGCUUGGUGUGGAACACUCCUUCAGGUAUCACACACUCCAGCUAACCCUAACACAACUGACCUCUGUUCACACUGUCUCCUUUUUUUUUUCGAGGGAACACCACCCCCAUAGGCCACCCCAUCUCUGCCUAUUGACCCAAGACGUUUCUGUGACAGUUGAUCUAGUCCUUCUUUCCCCUAUUCCUUCAGACUAGAUUGUUUCAAUAGCGUUUAGUUCAUAAACAAACUUUCAUAUAGUGCUAUCACAUUCUGUCCUUGAGAACAACUAAUCUUGUUCAUUUGAGAGUCCCCCACCGCAUCUGCCAGAACGCUUCACAUGCAGUGGGUUGUUUGCUGAACUAAAUUCUUUCAUGUGGAUCCUUCUGAUUUUUUUUUGUGUGUGUGUAACUGCCUCUAAUAUACAUAUCAUUCUCAAGCCAAUGCCACUUCUAAUGUCAUUUUCUAAAGGGAAAUCUUAUUUUACUUUUUCCCCUAUAAGGAAAGAGCUAAAUAGUUCCGAGUAGGAUUUCUUAAAAAUAAAGGUAAUAGGAAAUUUUCAAAAAGCCUAAAUAUCAAAUUCCUUUUCCUUUCGGCUAGGGGGAAGGGAUGAAGUAAGGGAACUUUCUCUUUUAUGAGUUGAUCAUAGGAUAUAAGAACCAAUCUUGAAAUACUCUUUUAAUGACUUGUAUUUCUAGAAACACUUUUUACUUAAGGUGGUAAUAGUUUGUAUCUUAUUGUCCAUAUAAAGAGACAGAUCCUUUACAGAUAAAAAAUUAGCAUUGUAAAUAAUGUUAAUAUGUAUUAUAUUUAUAUAAAAUAAAUUUACUAUAACAUC